GCGGCAGCGCCGGCGGAAGGGGCGGGGCGCAGGUAGGGGUGGCCUAGAGGCCUGCAGUCCGCGCGGCCGCGGGGAGGGACGGGAGGCCCUGACGUACAGGUUGUAAGCGCCAUGGCUAUGACUAGUGUCAAAUUGCUUGCUGGUGUUUUAAGAAAGCCAGAUGCCUGGAUUGGACUCUGGAGUAUUCUCCGAGGGACACCUUCGUCACACAAACUCUGCACUUCCUGGAAUCGAUACUUGUAUUUUUCUAGUACCAAGUUACGUGCACCAAAUUAUAAAACUCUUUUCUCGCUGAGACUCCCAGGGCUUUUAAUAUCUCCAGAAUAUAUUUUUCCAUUUUCCAUAAGACUCAAAAGUAAUAUAAGCUCUAAAAAAUCUAAAAAGUCUCUGCAAAAAGUAGAUGAUGAAGAAGACUCUGAUGCAGAAAGUGAUCAUGACGAGAUGAGUGAGCAGGAAGAGGAGUUUGAGGAUGACCCUACUGUAGUCAAAGACUAUAAAGACUUGGAAAAAACAGUGCAGUCUUUCCGGUAUGAUGUUGUCCUGAAGACAGGUCUAGAUAUUGGGAGAAACAAAGUGGAAGAUGCAUUCUACAAAGGUGAACUCAGACUGAAUGAGGAAAAAUUAUGGAAGAAAAGCAGAACGGUCAAAGUGGGAGAUACAUUGGAUCUUCUCAUUGGAGAGGAUAAAGAAGCAGGAACAGAGACAGUGAUGCGGAUUCUCCUGAAAAAAGUGUUUGAAGAGAAGACUGAAAGUGACAAAUUCAGAGUGUUGUUACGGCGGUGGAAAAACUUAAAGUUGCCUAAGAAGAGAAUGUCUAAAUAAAUGGAUUGCUUUUCAGCAAUAAAGCUGCUUUCUAGUGGUAGAGGAAAGGGUCAACUGAAAAAGAGACGCUUUUAUUAAAAUAAAGUUCUCUUAGCGUUUGUGGAA